AUGAAGUAUGGUUGCAAAGUGCAAAUGGAUGCUAUGGGCAAUAUCUUUGCUAUCCGGCCCGGUAGGAGAGAAGGUCGCCCUACGUUCAUGGGCUCCCACCUGGACACGCAACCUGCUGGCGGCAGAUACGACGGUAUCCUUGGUGUUCUUGCAGGAGUUGCAGCCCUGAGAGCUCUACAUGAGUCUGGAACCGAAACCGAGUACCCUGUUGGUGUUGUUGACUGGACCAACAAGCAGUGA